AUGGCGGACAUCAGGACAAGAAUUCUGCAGCAUUUACAGAGACAGAAAAACCAGAAAUGCAAGUUAACUGACUUACUUUGUGCAAUUCAUGUGAAGAAAAAGGUGUUAAACGCAGAGUUAUAUAGACUUCAGCGGCAGGGAUUGAUUAAAAAGAUACAAAAUGCUCCACCAAUCUGGCAAAUGCAGAAUCAGGAUGCUCCGUUUUCUUACCCAUUCACCCCAUCUAUGGUUCAAAAGACUCGUCAACACGAGAGUUUCUCAAGAGGCAGAGGGAGAGGACGAGGAAGGGGGACUAUACGUGGACUUAAACGUGGAGUUAACUCUCAAAACAGAAAAUCAUUCAAAAACAGCAAGAGAGUGGAUCCUGAGUCUGUAGGAGCGAUUAUGGCUUUUCUACAGAGACAAGAUACACCAGUGAAGACGUACGAUAUUGCCAAAUCACUUGGACUGUCAACAUCGUCUGAAGUUAAUCCAUUGUUGUAUUGGAUGUCUGACAAUGGACAAAUUCAUAGGGUAUCAGAGCAGCCUGCACUGUGGACAGCCCAACCACUUCAUACUGAUUCAACUACUGUCACAGAUAUUGGGAGCCAACAAGCCGGAUAUAACGCUGAAGAUAUGUUCACAGAUAUUGGUGAUGUUCAUUUAAAUCUUGUGGAACCAUCAUUGCAGGAAGGACCUCUAUUCACUGGACAAUAUGCUGGUGCAAGUCACCAGGAACAGAAUGUGAAUCUCAAUCAGUAUAAUGAAUUCUGGCCUCCAGGAGAUGACAGUAGUCAAACUGGCAGUGCCUCUGAUUGUGACAUGAAUCUGAAAGUGAAAGUAGAGUCUGACGACAGCAAAGAAGAUGCAAGUAAUAUCAGUAGUCCAAGUGAAGGACUUAUGGUUACCGAAAGCAUAAAUGAAACUGCACCACAUAAAGUAUCAGAUUAUCUCAGUGGCCAAGAUACCAGGAAACAGGAAACUUCUCAGGGUGUUAGUACAGAGGUGAAAUUAGAGCCUGGAGCAACUUUAUCAAAUGUAGACAAGUUAUUACAAACUUUGCUGGGGUGUACAUUGAAAAUGGCAAAGAGUUUUGUAUUGGUACACAAGAUGAAAAUAUCACAAGACAACAUCAUGGAGUUGAUUCAAGAAGCAAGGAAGUUGAAAUAUGUCAGUGACCAGGAUGGUGUGUAUGUUUUAGAUAAAAAGGGUGAGGAGUACAUUCGUAAUAAAUUGCGCAUCUGUGGCAAUGAGGAGCAAGUUAAGAUAAGCUCCAGUGGACCAAAUAUAAAUCCAAUUCAACCCCGGGUACAUUGUACAGGAAAACCAUUAAGUCCAUUUGAAAUCCUAGGUCGAAUGGCACGUUCUUCAUCUGUUGAUGUAACAACAAAUCGUUUCCCUCUCAAUGUUAAUACAAAUGUGGGAGUGGUACCUCGUAUGCCAAGCUUGUUCCCUGUAAGAUGUACUGCUAAUAAUUCUGUUUCAGUAGGAUCAGCCGAGCCAGUGCAAAGCGAUCAAACAAACUCUGUCAUAUCAAGACUGAUGAAAAUAGCACAGUCAGAACCCUCACAAAUCCAAUUGACCUCAACUUCAUCACCUCAUUCAUCACAUCAGUCAUCUUUGUCUCAACUCUCAUCCUACCGAUCAUCACCACAAUCAUCUGAAACCACACUUCAGCCAUCAGGUGUUCCGCAAACCUCCGGACCUAUGCGGGAGCCAAGCCCUCAAACUUUGUCUGGGAGCUUCAGACGUCCACAGGCUCCACUAGAGCUUGUCCGUCAGCAACUCAAACAAACUGAGAUUUCAUCUUUAAGUGAUUCAUCUUCUCCAGUAAAUACUGGACUUGCAAAUGCUGGUAUGCAGAAACUUUUGAGCACUGGUUCUCACAAUGCAAAAGUACCUUCUCUAUUUCUAGGUAGGGGAGGUAACUCUAGUCAAGACGUGUCAGGAUUUCACACCCAGCAACCACAUUCCUUACCAGUAAUGGGAGGAACCCAUGAGCCCCCAUCUGUGUCUGGGCCAAAAAGCCUUAGUCUUGACUUUUCCACAGAGAGCUUUGCUGCCCUCAACAAAAAUCCAGUCAGUGCUUUGAUGGAGUAUGCACAGUCAAGGCACAAGGUUGCCAGGAUUGAGGUCAUUCGUCAGUCUGGCCCUUCUCAUCGUCCGAAAUUCCAGAUGGGGGUGUUUAUUGGUAAUGAGCAGCUGUCCACAGUAACAUGUACCAACAAAAAAGAUGGCAGGAAGGAAGCAGCCGAUAUGGCUCUCCGAGCUUUGAUAGUGGAAGGAAAAUAUAAUGCUGAGAAAAUUCCUACCAAGAAUGCCAUCCCUGCCUCCCAGAUGACCCACUUUGAUCGUGUGGCUGCACUGACCCACCAACACUUCAAUUCUCUUGUGGCAACCAUAGCUGACAAUUUUGCUGGCCGUAAGGUCAUUGCUGGACUUGUGAUGAAAACGUCUGAAGCUGACCUUGGCACCGUCAUAUCUAUAGGAACAGGUAACCGCUGUAUCACUGGGCAGCAGCUGAGCCUGGAGGGAAACACAGUCAAUGAUUCUCAUGCGGAAAUCAUCACUCGUCGGGGCUUCAUUAGGUUCCUUUACAAAAAAUUGUUGACCUUUGAACCCAAUGGCCCUAAUGGUUUCUUUGUGAAGGCACCAUCAGGAAAGUUAAGGAUCAGAGAUGGAAUAACAUUUCACCUGUAUAUAUCUACUGCACCAUGUGGGGAUGGUGCUCUCUUCUCUCCAAGAGAUUCUGCCUCCAACAAUACUCCACUGGCGACAUUAACAGACAGGACCCACCACCCAACAUUCACCAGCCAGGUACAGGGGCUGCUUCGUACUAAGAUGGAGGGAGGGGAGGGAACCAUUCCGGUUGAACCUGACUUUACUGUUCAGACGUUUGAUGGUAUCCAGAGAGGAGAGAGACUAAGAACGAUGUCCUGUACUGACAAAAUCUGUAGAUGGAAUGUUGUUGGUAUGCAGGGAGCCUUACUCAGCCACUUUUUAGAACCUGUCUAUCUAGACUCCCUAACAUUGGGAUUCCUGUUUGACCCUGGUCAUUUGGCCCGAGCUGUGUGUUGCCGUGUAAACAGAGGUGACACAGACAUCAACACCAUGUUGCCUCAAGGCUACCACCUGAACCACCCCUGGUUAGGACGUGUGACAGCUGUGGAGCCAUCACGAGAGACACAGAAAACUAAAGCCCUCAGCAUUAACUGGUGUUAUGGCGACGAAAAGCCGGAGGUCACAGAUGGAACACAGGGACUGUGUUACACUAACAUCGAGAAAGGACUUUUCUCUCGCUGUACAAAGAAAAACCUGUAUGACAGUUUUAAACAAGUGUGUCGAAAAUUUGGACAACAGGAUUUGCUGCAGUUUCAAACAUACAACCAAGCCAAAAUGGCUGCCACAGAUUUCCAGGAAUCAAAGAAACUCAUGUUGAAGAAAAUGUCUGAAAGCAGUUAUGGUACCUGGGUAUCAAAACCUAUAGAGGAAGAGAUGUUCAGCUGAUAACAAUUUAAGUCCCAGUAGCAGUGGAAAAUAUGUAGAAGUUUCAGUGAUCAGUAAAUGGUUGUCUAUGACAUAAGGUUCCUCUGUGAGUCAUGAAUGGUUAUCUUAGACAAUGAGUAAUUAAUGACUGCUUAAGACGUCACACUCCUUUUUGAGUCUCCAGUGGUUAUGUAGGACAUUAUACUCUUGAUAAACAAAAUCUUCUCUUUAACAUUAGGCUCCCCAGUGAGUAACUAAUGGUAACCUGCAGCGUCAGACUAGUUACCUCCAGAUUCUCCAGUAACCUAUGGUUACAAAAUUGAACAAAUUCUGUAAGAAACCAACGGUAACUUGAGGCAUCAAGCUAGCUACACAAGAUAUGGCCUUCUCCAGUAACUAAUGCUUAUGAAAUUCAACAAAAGUCUUCAGUGAGAAACCAGUGGUUACCUGAGGCAUCAGGCAGGUUACAGGAAUUAUCAUGCUCCAUAUUACACCUGUAUUCUGAUGCAUCAGGCAGGUUACAGGAAUUAUCAUGUUCUAUAUUACACCUGUAUUCUGAUGCAUCAGGCAGGUUACAGGAAUUAUCAUGUUCUAUAUUACACCUGUAUUCUGAUGCAUCAGGCAGGUUAUAGGAAUUAUCAUGUUCUAUAUUACACCUGUAUUCUGAUGCAUCAGGCAGGUUAUAGGAAUUAUCAUGUUCUAUAUUACACCUGUAUUCUGAUGCAUCAGGCAGGUUACAGGAAUUAUCAUGUUCUAUAUUACACCUGUAUCCUGAUGCAUCUGGCAGGUUAUAGGAAUUAUCAUGUUCUAUAUUACACCUGUAUUCUGAUGCAUCAGGCAGGUUACAGGAAUUAUCAUGUUCUAUAUUACACCUGUAUCCUGAUGCA